AUGGAAACAGUAGCAGCAGCCAUAACAAAAAACAACGGUUACGAGUCAUUUUGCGUGACUAAUGCUAAGAAUAAUAACAUGAAAGUUAACAGCGCGGAUCCUUUGAAUUGGGGUGUUGCGGCGGAGGCAAUGAAAGGGAGUCACUUGGAUGAGGUGAAGCGUAUGGUGGAGGAGUACCGAAAGCCGGUGGUCCGUCUUGGUGGUGAGACGCUGACGAUUUCUCAGGUGGCUGCCAUUGCCGCACAUGAUCAUGGUGUGAAGGUGGAGCUGUCAGAAUCUGCUAGGGCAGGCGUUAAGGCGAGCAGUGACUGGGUGAUGGAGAGUAUGAAUAAAGGCACAGACAGUUACGGUGUUACCACGGGUUUCGGCGCCACCUCUCACCGCCGAACCAAACAAGGUGGUGCUUUGCAGAAAGAACUCAUUAGGUUUUUGAAUGCUGGAAUAUUUGGAAAUGGAACUGAGUCAAGCCAUACACUACCGCAUACAGCAACAAGAGCUGCUAUGCUUGUGAGAAUCAAUACACUUCUUCAAGGCUAUUCUGGAAUUAGAUUUGAAAUCUUGGAAGCUAUAACCAAACUUAUUAACAACAACGUCACCCCAUGUUUACCACUUCGUGGUACAAUCACAGCUUCCGGAGAUUUAGUCCCUCUUUCUUAUAUUGCCGGUUUACUAACUGGAAGACCAAAUUCCAAAGCUCAUGGACCAUCCGGAGAAAUACUUAAUGCAAGAGAAGCUUUUCAGUCAGCUGGAAUCAAUGAUGGAUUCUUUGAAUUACAACCAAAAGAAGGACUUGCACUUGUUAAUGGAACCGCUGUUGGUUCCGGUUUAGCUUCUAUUGUCCUAUUUGAAGCUAACAUCCUAGCUGUGUUGUCUGAAGUCCUAUCAGCUAUCUUUGCUGAAGUUAUGCAAGGGAAGCCUGAAUUCACUGAUCAUUUGACACAUAAGUUGAAGCACCAUCCUGGUCAAAUUGAGGCUGCUGCUAUUAUGGAACAUAUUUUGGAUGGAAGUGCUUAUGUCAAAGCUGCUAAGAAGUUGCAUGAGAUGGAUCCUCUCCAGAAGCCAAAACAAGAUAGAUAUGCACUUAGAACUUCACCACAAUGGCUUGGUCCUCUUAUUGAAGUCAUUCGAUUCUCUACCAAGUCAAUUGAGAGGGAGAUUAACUCUGUGAAUGAUAACCCUUUGAUUGAUGUUUCAAGAAACAAGGCUUUGCAUGGUGGAAAUUUUCAAGGAACACCUAUUGGUGUAUCCAUGGAUAAUACACGUCUAGCUCUUGCAUCUAUUGGUAAACUCAUGUUUGCUCAAUUUUCUGAGCUUGUCAACGAUUUUUACAACAACGGGUUGCCCUCAAACCUCUCAGCUAGUAGAAAUCCCAGCUUGGAUUAUGGUUUCAAAGGAUCGGAAAUUGCCAUGGCUUCUUAUUGUUCCGAGUUACAAUAUCUUGCAAACCCAGUUACAACUCAUGUCCAAAGUGCUGAGCAACACAACCAAGAUGUGAAUUCUUUGGGUUUGAUUUCUUCUAGGAAAACUUAUGAAGCCAUUGAGAUCCUUCAACUCAUGUCUUCCACAUUCUUGAUUGCACUUUGCCAAGCAAUUGACUUAAGACAUUUGGAGGAGAACUUGAAAAACUCGGUUAAGAACAUUGUGAGCCAAGUUGCUAAAAGGACCCUUACAACAGGUGUCAAUGGAGAACUCCAUCCUUCAAGGUUUUGUGAAAAGGACUUGUUGAGAGUGGUUGAUAGGGAGCAUGUGUUUGCCUAUAUUGAUGAUCCUUGUAGUGCUACAUAUCCAUUGAUGCAAAAGCUGAGGCAAGUGUUAGUGGAUCAUGCAUUAGUAAAUGGUGAAUCUGAGAAGAAUUUGAACACAUCAAUCUUCCAAAAGAUUGCAACAUUUGAGGAAGAGUUGAAGACCCUUUUGCCAAAAGAGGUAGAAAGUACUAGGGUUGCAUAUGAGAGUGGAAAUCCAACAGUUCCAAACAAGAUCAAUGGAUGCAGAUCUUAUCCACUUUAUAGGUUUGUGAGACAAGAGUUGGGAACUGGUUUGCUAACGGGAGAAAAUGUCAUUUCACCAGGCGAGGAAUGUGAUAAAUUGUUUACAGCUAUGUGUCAGGGAAAAAUCAUUGAUCCUCUUCUUGAAUGCUUAGGAGAGUGGAACGGUGCUCCUCUUCCAAUUUGUUAA